AUGCAGUCUGGAAGUGGUGCAAAAAAUCCGCCAUGGGCACGAUCUAAUGUGAAUACAAACAUGACCGGCAUGAAUCCGCAAAUCAUGGAUCCAAACCAAAUGAUGUCCCAACAAGGUAUGAUGCAGUUCCAACAAACUCAAGUGUUCAAUCCCAGUAUGAUGCAAGCCCAAAGCGGCAUGGCGAUGCCGAUGGCAGGGCAAAUGCCAAUGAAUCAAAUGGCCCAAGGUCAGAUGUACCCCGGCAAUGUUGUUGCAUAUCCAACACCUCGUGCUAUGAACCCAGGAAUGUAUCAGAACGCACAGUCAAAUCAAUCACCGGCAAACGCCGAACAGCGCGUCUUUACUGGAACUGUCACCAAAACACACAAUGACUUUGGAUUUGUAGAUCAUGAUGUAUUUUACCAGACAUCUGUAUGUGCUAAAGGAAUAAUUCCCAAAGUAAACGAUAGAGUACUUGUUGAAGCUACUUUUAAUCCUAACAUGCCAUUCAAGUGGAAUGCAACCCGUGUACAAGUUUUACCAAAAGGAGGUCCAAACCAAAAACCAAAUAACCCUAAAUCUAGCAAUUAUAAUGCUGUGCCACCGCCUAUAAACAAAAAUAAGUCGAUGCCAUCUCGACGUGAUGAUAGACCUCGUAGAGAUGACAGGAAGAGAUCACGCACACGGAGCCGUUCUCGUUCACGCGAUGUCCGCGACAUCCGCAGCCGCCGUGAUUCCCCGCCGCGCAAACGACCCGUUGUUCACCAGCCCUCCCCUAUUAAAUAUGUUGUACGAGUACCUCGAAUGCCUCUAGAUAUCCAAAAAAUGGAUGUACCUGGCGUAUCACAAAGAUAUACAAAUCUGUAUGUCCCAUCAGACUUUUUCAGUGCCCAGGUUACUUGGGGUGAAACAUUCCCACCUCAAGCACCAUUUUCCAUUAAUAAUCCCUGUGCGUAUCAUAUAAUGAGUAAAGAGCUUGAGAACCCUAACACUAAUGACGCUGUUUUGGAACCGCCAGAUGCAGAUUAUAGAUUUUCAGCUAAAGUAAUGUUAAUCAGCAUGCCAACCUUAGAGUCUCUUUAUCAAAAAUGUGGACUCACAAAAGUAGAUGAGAAAGACAAACGCAGCACUAAAACUCCACUACAUCCAACAAGAUUAAUCAAAUUCCUUGUGGGACAAAAAGGCAAAGGUGGUGAAAAUUUUGCUAUAGGUGGCCCUUGGAGCCCUUCCUUAGAUGGUGAAAACCCACAGUCUGAUCCAAAAGUUUUGGUAAAGACUGCUAUACGUACUUGCAAAUCACUAACAGGCAUAGAUUUAUCUUCAUGUGCGCAAUGGUACCGAAUGGUGGAGUUUUACUACUGGCGCGAGGGCAGCGGCGGCAAGUCGCGGCUCGAGUGUGUGGUGUUGUUCCUGCCAGACGUGUGGUCAGCGCAACCGUCGCGGGUCGACUGGAACACAGUACAGGAGCAGUAUAAGGCGGCCUGUGAGGCGGCCGUACGAAAGCUCGACGGCGACGAGCCGGAGUCCGUCAAGCAACCGCAGUCAGCCCCGCCCGACUCUUCUGCGGCGGACAAAUCGCAAAUUGAUAAGAAAGACUUGGACAGUAGUACAAUAACCAUUGAUGAGAAUGAUGAAGAUGAUGAGGAAAAGCCUGAACCGACACACUACUCUAAACUGGAUCUGAGGACUAUAAAGGUCGAUCAGUUAAAGCAAGAAUUACGAGCACGUAACGCUAAAUGCAAAGGGCUGAGAGCUCAACUUUUAUCUCGUCUAUCAAAAAUGCUAAAAGCUGAAGAAGCAGAGGAGAAGAAAGAUGAUGUAAUGGAACUCGAGGAUGAUGAACAAGAGCAGGAGGAACAGAGCCAUGAUGAGAAAAUAGAUGUAAAAGAUAAUGAGGAAGUGGAGGAAGAAGCUAAAGUAACUGAAAAUAAGACAGAAGAUCAAGAGAAAAAGCCUGAAGAAAAGGUAGAAAAAGUAAAAUCUGAGAAAGAGAUUGAAGAAGAUAAAAGAAAGCUGGAAAAAGAAAAGGCACUACUCAAAACCCGGUAUGAAAUUCCGACCACCCCUCACAUCUUGGUGCAUCCAUCCAAUACAGCAAAAGGUGGUAAAUUCAACUGCAGUGUUGCUACCCUCUCGCUAUUAUUGGACUAUCGCAUCACUGACAAUAAAGAACAUAGUUUUGAGCUGUUCGUGUUUGCGGAACUAUUCAACGAGAUGUUGAUGCGUGACUUCGGAUUCUACAUUUACAAAACUCUGUAUACAUUACCUGAAAAGACUGAAGAGAUCAAAGAUAAGGAUAAAGAUAAGUCAGAUGAGAAAUCAGAAAAGAAACCAGAAGAUAAGAAAGACGAAAAGAAGGAGAAGGAAGAAAGACCAGAGAGGCGCGAUGACAGGCGUGAUUCGAGAAGACGUGAUAGAAAAGACUCUCCCAGUGACGACGAACGGAGUAGUUCACCGAAGAGGCGCAGUCGCGGCGUAGAGUUGCCGCCCGACCCGUACUUGUUGCUGUCGCUGGUGUACUUCGACACGUCACGCGGGGGCAGCAUGACCAAGAAAGAUCUACAGAACUUGUUCAUGAGUCUUGGCUUACAACUGUCACGGUCACAAAUCAGGGCUAUACUCGAAAAAGUGUGCGUAAAGGAUUCAUUUAAUUACAAGGCGCUCAUGCAGACCAUUAAGGAUGUCGCGUCAGGCACGUCAGAUGCAAUCCAUGACUUGCCACUGGAUACAGCAACUAUUGCUAGUGAAGUACCCGCUCAUAUCGCUGAACUAGAAGAGACAAUUGCGUCUGGGAACCGCAAUUUAUUGCCAGUUUUUAAUGCAACACUAGAUGAUGCAGAGUCUCAGGAAGGGGAAACCAAAGACGUCAGUGAGUCAGGCAUGGUGAUGUACAAGUCCCGGCUGGUGGACGUGGGCGCGCUGGUGGCGGCGGAGGCGCGCGGCGCGGCGAGUCGCGCGCGGCUGGAGGCGGCGCUGGACGCCACGCGCGGGGCGCUGCGGGCCGCGCGCGCCGCCGCCGCCUCCACGCAGCAGGCCGAGCGCGGCGCGCAGCACCAGCUCUCCGACCUCAGCCGCGGGCUCGCCAGCGCGCGCGCGCGCAUCGCCUCGCUCACGGCUAGUUCGAAAAUAUUUCAUUCCGCCUUGAAGAGCAUACAGUCUAAAGUAGAAGCUGUAGUAAAUAUAAAAUAUGAAGAUGAUGAUGUCGUUGAAAUAGUAAAUGGACCAGCACAAACUGAUAAAUCAAAAGAGCCAAAAAAAGUGGCUGAAGAUAACAAAAAUAAUGUCACAAACAAAGACGAAUCUUCACCGAAACCUGAAGACAAAACUGAAACUGGUGAUGCACUGGACUCAGAGACCAAAGUUAAGGAAGGUGAUAUAAUCACAGAUGAAAACAUGGAUCUAGAUGACAAAGAAUAG